GUGUGAAGAUAAUGUUUGCGAACGAACUCGAAAUUCGUAACCAUCACCGUAUCGAUCGAUUUACCGGUCAGUAUAUAUUAAGUGUACUCACACACCUGUCGUGUGUGCUAUAAGGUAACGGCAGUAGUUGCUGUGCAGUUCUUUCAAGGUGGCAGUCAACGAAUUUACAUCCGCGAUAAUGUGACUCUUAAUAAAGACUACUGCGAGAAAUUGCUCUUUUUUUAUGUUGGCCGUGAGCGUAUUUGUUAAUUUAGCCGCACGAGUGAUCGAUCGAUUCUUCCAAGUAGAACGCACGCGACGUUUUUUUUUUACAAACGACCUAAUUCUUCUUCCAUCUUGCCAGUCUCGGAAAGAGAUUCGUAGUAAAAGAAAUGGCUAAAUUCGCCGAGCCCGCGAAGAACAGAAAAUUAACGAGAUCGCGCAAUGUGUCAUCUUUCUUGAAGGAAUUGUCGACAGAAAGCGCGACAUCGCCAAAAACGUUGGAUGUGGUCGUGGACAUUCACAACGAGAGCCGGCAACAACGAGACGAUAGCAAAGAUCUUGAUAUUAUUGAGCUCUCAGACAUUAAGAAAGCAAAACGAUUCUCUGUACAGUCAUCCGGAAGUUCCAAGUCUUCUUUGCGAGCGAGCGACGCACCGAGUCAGAAUCGCACCUCUGAUCGGACCAAAAAAUCGUCGAAAGAAAUUUGUUUUAGACAGUCGCGUGAUGAAUUAACAGAAUCCUUUGAUUUAAUAGAGGAGUUUAAAUCGCCCGACAAAGAAAAGCGAAAAUCUCCCGAGGAAAAACCUCGACGUCGAAAGCAAUGGAACACUGUGGCAAACGAAGAAACUCCGGAAAUAGGACCCAAAAAACCACCGCGAAAACGUUGGUCCAAGGACACCGGUGUGAUCCAAUUGCCCGAGACAACCAACAGUUCAGUUCCUUUGAUCGAAACUUUGCGGAAACCUCCAGUCCCGGCUCCGCGCGGGAUCAGCACGCAGCAAAGCGAGAUCUAUCACUUCGACAAUCCAGCGUUCGUGUCUGAGAACGACGACGAGGUGCUUAGAAUCGAGACCGAUCAUAAUCGGGAGAGCACCAAGAUCGAGAUGAGAAAAAUGAGCGAUCGCUCGCGCGUCGAGGAUGUUGGAGUAACGUCCGGCAAAUCUUUACAGAAGCACCGAACGGAAGUAGCGAAGGCGACAAACAGGCGACGUCUCGUGGCGGACGAAAGCGACGAUCGAUCUUCGAAAACAAGAUUCUUAAAGAGUCGAAAAAACAGCGUCGAGGAAUUUGAAUCCUCGACGAGUCUGGAAAAGAUCACCGAUCUUCUAUCGAGCUCGGUUGCGUCUGAGGAUCGGUCGUCCACGAGUGUCAAAAAAUCGACGGAAGCGACGUCGGAUCAACCAUUAAAAAAGAGAGAACGAAAACGGGAGUUAUUUAAGAAGAAAUCUUCUGAAGACGAUGCAGCCGUCAGCUCGUCCGCGAGAAAUAUGCAUUCUUCUUCGAUCGAACCAGACGCAAAAGUUAGAAAGAAAAACAGAAAGAAACGAAAGCAGGAGAAAAAAGAGACGAAAGACAACAAUAAAGAAAUAAAAUAUAUUUCCGUGACGAUUCAUCGAGCGGACGUGUUGGAGGACGAUUACUUGAACGCUAAACGACCGAUGGUGAAGGUUCACAUUGUGAAAGCUCGCACAGGCUCAUAUCUGCCGAACACGACGAAAAAUCGUGAAAACGACACCGCUUUUCUUCAACCUAUGAUCACCGGCAAGUUUGACUUCAGGGAAAAUAAAUCGUUGAUUCCCGUUUGGGAAGAGGAACUUAUCUUCGAGCACGAUUUCAACGCGAUCGCUAAAUGCGAGGACGAUGAUCAAGUGGUAAUCCUGUUCGAAGUAAUAGAUCUCUUAAACUUCGCCGAAGCGAGCCUCAGCUACGAUAAAGUUGGCAGCGAAGGGUGCUGGUAUAAAAUUGCUUGGGCCUUUCUUAAACCCGUGGGAGUCAACAACGUUCUUCAUACAGACAAGAAGGUGCGACUCCAGCUUUACAGACCCAAACGAAAUCUAAAGAAACGCGAGAAACAAAACUGUGAGGUAUACACUUGGUGGCAGUCAAAUAACAGGGACAAAUAUCCUAGCAGCCUCCUCGUGACGGUGACAUCGGUCCCGCUACCGAAGCUAGAGCCUGUGCUCUAUCAACAGCUGUCGCUGAACGAUCUUAGCGAUACGCGUAGCGAUUUGCAUGAUAUCUCGAUGCGUAAUACCUCGGACUCGAUCGGUUUGGUUAAAUGGACGCGACUGGCCGCCCAAUCUUGCAAAAUUCCAAAUGAGAAAAUGUUCGAGACGGAAGCGAGCGAGAACGGCUGCUUCUACAUUGCCUUCAGCAACGACGGCAAGUAUUUGGCCUGCGUCCAUUCCGAGGAGCACGCUUAUCCGAUUGUCGUUUACGAGGUCAAGUCUGGCAAAAUCUACGUUCGAUUUCUCGGACACAAGGCUUUUGUGUAUUCUCUAAACUGGUCAAGCGACGAUCACUGCCUUUUAUCAACUUCCGCAGAUCAAACGGUGCGUGUCUGGAACGUUUACAGCCAAAUUGUGCAGCAUAUCGAGAUUCUACCACAUCCGUCAUAUGUCUAUUGCGCAAAAUACGUUCCUGGCAAGACGACAAUUGUGGCAACGGGAUGUUAUGAUCGAGUGGUUCGCAUUUGGGCAAACAGCAAGAGAUCGAAAAAGCGGGAACUGAGUCAAGAAUUGGAAAGUCACGAGGGUUUUGUCAAUUCUAUGGUAUUUCAAAAAAACGGUAACUUAAUUACGGCGGACAGCGUGGGAUCGAUCAUCCUUUGGACGGUGCGUCGAAACAAUAGAAUGACAUCGAAGAUGGAGUGGUGUUUUUCGAGACAGAUGAAGAUCUCCGAGAUCGAAGGUGUCAUUAUAAAUACAAUUGCCCUGCAUCCUCUCGAGUCCCGGCUUCUCAUCCAUUCGCGAGACAACGGUUUGCGAAUGUUGGAUCUCGCGACCGGUAUAAUCUUGCAGAAGUAUAAACAGCUAAACAAUCAAAGAAUACAAUUGAAAGCUUGCAUAUCUCCCUGCGGAAGACUGAUUCUGUGCGGCGGAGAGGAUUCCGUGUUAAACAUCUGGAAUCUUGAGACAGGUAAGCAUGUAGCCAAAUAUACGAAUGGCGGACGGAGCAAAACGGUUGUUACCUGUGUGGAUUACCAUCCCUACGACCACGUGUUAGCAUUUUCGACCUUCGGCAGUCCAACACCAGUUCGUGUUUUGAGAUUUAAUAAAACUGUGGACGGUAGUGAUGUUGGAUUGAAUCUUACGGGAAAUGCAACGCAAGCUCAGCAUGACGCCAAGGAAGUAAAUUUCAAUAUUUUAGAUCAUUCUUCAUUUUGGAAGAGCAAAGUCGACAGAAAGACGAAAGAAAUGCGUUCAUCGUUGCACAAUCCCGCGGUCGAUCACAUAGUAAUUCAAAUUGAAAAUGAGGAACAAUCUUGGGCGAAACUUCGUCGUUUGAGAGACAUGGAGCUAAGCUGGAAGGAGAGGAGCCGAGACCGUUUACAUUGUAUCAUUCAGAAAAUUGACUCGAUGUUGUCCAAAAAAUCAAUGUUUUCCGAAGACAUUAUAGACGGUGAACAAAUUCUAAAUGUAAACGGAUGCAGGGAAAACGCUUAUCUCAGAAAUGCAAAGUCUUCUGCGUCCAGCAACAUUGCUCUUCAACAACAGAACAUAUCUCAUUCGGAUAAUACCACAAAUUCCACGAAUCUUCACAACGAUCUCGGAAGCAGCGAUAACGCACGAUCCGAUCUCGCGACUCGUUCCAACAAUCAAAAUCGUUCAUAUGAUUUUCACAUUUCGACAAAUCAGUCUGAACAAACAAGUUUGUCACGUGUAAGCUCUCCCGAUAGCAUUGGCACGUACAUCGUAGAACUGCCGGAUUUUGACAAAAACGUCAAUCAAAUCGCCACGAAAGUCGAAGAUACAAGUUCAGUACUAGCGUCCGAAAGCGAUUGUUCGCGAGUUAGCAAUGCUACAUUUGUGAUAAAAAAAUAAGUAAUAUUCAGGUUUUUUUAUUGUAAUAUAAUAAAAUUCAAAUUUAUGUUUCUGUACAUCGUCGUAUAACUGGUAUACAGGAAAUAUAUUUUCGAAUGUAAGCACACACACACGCACACACAAAAAAUCUAU